AUGCUAUUGGAAUUGCUUCAAGUUGAUGUUUUGGGAAGAAAACAAAUGGCAUUGCUAUUGUGUCGACAGUACAGGUGUUGUUCAGAUCCUACUCCUUGACAAUGAUUAUAUUGCACUUCCUAUACAGAGAACCGUUUAUAUUGGGCGGAUUUUGGACGAGGGCGUGUGGAAUCGGUGGAAAUAAACGGUGGCGAUCGCAGAGCUCACGUUGAGAUGGUCAGAGGUUUUACCUUCAUCAAACCUUACGGACUCGCUCUUCUCGGGAAGGAAAAUAAGAUAUUCUAUUCGGAUUACACUCAAUCCGUCAUCCUCGAAAUUGACCAAUCACAGGGCAGUGAGCGGGAACCGAUAACGAUUGAAGGCGCCACUGAUCAAUUCCAAGAUCUGACACACAUCUUUAUUAGCGAAUUUUCUGAAGUAAUUUGUGACCCUCUGCUCAAGCCUACACCUCAACAAGCACCAUGUCCAUCUACCACAACCAUUUCCUCAUCCACCUCUUCAACAGUAGCCGCAACUGCACCCGUCAACUCUACAACAGAAGGCCUUGCAUCCCGUUUUCUGCCAACAUCAACGCUGAUUAUCAUUAUUGCCGGAUCUUCGGUCAUUGGAAUUCUUGCUAUCAUCCUGAUGAUAGCUCUAGGAAUUAAAACAAGUCGAGCUAGAGCUUCAUCAGUGGAUAAAGGAACCACAGAGAGCAGCAAUCACAAUCAAGAUUCUCUCCAGACUAAUGAUACCCCAUCGCCACCAUCCGAUGUCGGUCUACCUGUACGUGUGCCUUCCUACCUGGAGCCAAAUCAAGUACAUCCGAACCGGUAUUGCACUUUGGACACCAAAGAUGCCCCUCAUGAAUAUGAAGAGCCCGAUGGCAUCGACGCGGUUGGUGUUCCACACCGAUUACAGCAGAUCCUGCCUAACACGUUCGACGUACCCAGUGAUGCUCCCCAUGAAUAUGAAGAGCCCGAUGGCAUCGACAUGAGUGAAUAUAUGAAUGUUGAUCGCGACAAAGGAAGACCGGUGGUUGAUGAUGGCGAGUACGUGAAGAUGCAUGGGCUUGAAUUACAGCACACUUACUCGAACUGAGGUGUUUAGGGUACCAGGGAGGGGGGAGGGGUCGGGAUCGUCGAUAACAUUCAGGGCGAUUAUGCAUUGAUUUAAAAGAAAAGAAGAAGAAAAAACAAGGUCAUAGGCGAAUCAAAGAGGGGGAGCCAAACAAACGGCGUACAUUUAAAGAAAGAAGACAAAUAUUAGCUACUGAAGUAUAGGAUUAAAACCAUUAUAAUUGUGACCCCCCCCCCCCAACGAAGCCGCCAUGAUCCCUUCUAAGUUCUAAGGACCGUCAAGGUUGCUGAAAUCCAUGAUUCGUUACUGUCAGAAAAAUUCCUCCCCCCCCCCCCCCGGCCCCCCUCUUCUUCUGGUGAUACAGAAGGAUCCGUUAGAAAGAAAGGCAUUUAUUCAUUUGUCACGGCGCUCAAAGUGGUGAUAUAUAUACAUGUAGAUCUUACCCGGUACUCACUGAAAGUAGACAUUUUAAACUUAUGUUAUAACCUUUGUGUAAGUUUUAUGCAAUCAAUGAAAUCUUUGUGUAUAAUAUACUGUAUAUGUAUGUAUAUUUUUUUCCAUGACCGAUUUAUACGGGACGGUGAUUAUAACCUGUGUGUAUAAAACACAUGUAGCAUUGUAGCUUCAAAGAAAUUUUUAAUUUUGCGUGUAUUUUCCAAAAAGAAUUACUAAAAUCUGUAACUUUUCGAAUAAUACAAAUAUUGUUAACGAAAUGUGUUUAUAAAUCAUUGCAUGUUAUAUUUUCUUUCAAAACUGUUGAUAAAUGGGGUGGAAGAGGGAAGAACAAAAUGAAAGUGUGAAUUAUUAUAUAUUUCACUUCAAUACAAAAAUAACAAAUAUUUAAAAAAAAACACUGGCCUUAUCAUGGAGUAAAUGACCGUUGAUUAAAUAAAGACUUGUGCUGAAUAAAAUACCAUUUUAUUGUUCUGAAUUCAUAAAAAAUGGACGUGCAUUUACUUGAAAACAUGACUAAAACAAGGCAUAGUGAAAAUGAGUAAACGUCAACAUGACUGUUUGUAACAGUUUAUUUAUACUAUCUUGUCAAAACGUCAACCUAACACAUCCAAACAUACAUCAGACACUCAGCGACCUUUGACAACGGAUACAUUUUGUUUUAAUUUCGCAAAUAUAGUAGGAAAACUGUUGUACAUUUCUUUUCUGUUUUGUUUUGUUCAUAUUAUCUGCGUUUUAACCAAGAAGAUGAACUUGCAACGAUUUUAUUACUUCAUCAAUUUGCUGUAUUGAUUACAAUAUAAAGUAUGCAACAAUGUUCGCUUCAA